AAGUCUCAGUUGCAUGCUGCUUGCUGCUCCAGACGAUGAAGACAGUGUUCAGAAAUUCAGUGCUAGUUUUUCACGAAGAACGCCAAGGAAUCAAAGUGAAUAACGGCGCUGACUGGUGUAAGCUCGGCCGCCUGUGGCCUGGGAGCACACGAGUGUCCUCCACUCCCGGGGCCGGGCGACAGCAGCAGCGCAGAGCCGCGGGAAGCGAGGGCCAGCGACCGCCGGUGAUACCUCUUAUCGCGGCGAGGAGCUGGUGUCCCGGCAAUCUCGUCCUGCAGUGAGCGCCGGGGUUUCGCGCGCGCAGCAUGGGACCUCCGAUAGACGCUUGCGGCGAGGUGACGCCGAGGUCGUGUGCUGCAGGCAAGAAGCUGCUGGCGAGCCUCGUCUGGCUGUGCCUCGCCGCGUCCUGCCUCGCCGGCGACGACUACUGCCGCUUCAAGUGCAGCGGCGGCCAGCACACCAUGUGCCUCUUCAAGCAGGGCGCCCCUGGCGGCAAGUGCCUCGACUACCAGAACGCCUCGCUCAACGACAAGGAGAGACAGGACAUCCUGCACAUACACAACUCCAUCAGGAUGGACAUCGCCAACGGCAACGUCAACCUCAGUUCGCAUCUGCAGGCGGCCGACAUGAUGCAGCUGGUGUGGGACGACGAGUUGGCGGCCGUGGCCCAGGUGUGGGCAGACCAGUGCUCCUACCAGCACGACUCCUGCCGCCGAGUGGGUAGGUUCGAGGUCGGACAGAACGUGGCUAUGAGGACAGGCAGAACACAGUUUCCGGCAGAAGAUAUGUACCGAAACAUUGACAUGUGGUUCGAAGAAGUGGAGAAGUUGGCACCAAAUAUCAUCGACGAAUACACUUCGUCGGAGAGCGACCACUUCACGCAGCUGGCGUGGGCGGCGACGGGCGCCGUGGGCUGCGGGGCCAGCAUCUACCGCAGCGGCGAGGCGGAGUACACGGAGCUGCUGGUGUGCAACUACGGGCCGUCGGGCAACCGGCCCUCCCUGCCCGUGUACAAGACGGGCGCGCCCUGCUCCGCCUGCCCCCAGGACACGUCCUGCAGCCGCGAGUACCAGGGCCUCUGCUUCUCCCCAGAGUACUCGCGAGUGACGCGGGACCCCCCUGCCCUGGUCGGCGCCGCGGCAGUGGCGUGCGGGCGCGCGUUGCUGGUGGGGGUCUCCGCGGGCCUGGCGCUCGUCUGCGGCCCGACUCGCCGGCCCUGACGCCGCCAGCACUUCUGUGCUCGUCGCUGCGGUCUCCGCCUUUCCACGCGCGACUCUACAGCUUCAGAUACCACUGCUGCAUUGGCCGUCUAAGGAAAACUAUCAUAUUUUUCAGCACAUCCGUUUUUUAAAUUUUUUUUGCAGACUUAAAGUAUUUAGUGUUUCCAGAAAUUAAUGACACCUGAAAAUAAAUGGUCGAUUACUCAACCCAAGCACAUCCAAGUUAUUUUUGUUAUAUAAUUUAAGUUGUACAACCACCAUAUUUUGAAAUUUAAAAAAAAUCAAAAACUUUUUGUAAAUAACAUAAUAAGAGUAACAUAAUAAAUGUAUUGAUAUAUUCUUUUCCUAGGUCAACAAAAACUAUUGUAAGAAAAACAUAUAAUUUUAAGUGUGCAUAAAUACGUGUAAAGAUUAGUUUCUCGUGUUUCAUUACCCAAUGCUUUAGUCACAAUCCAUAUGAAAAUAUUCACACAUGUUUAUCGAAAUUCUCUAAAAAAAUAAAAACAAAUUAUAAAACUGGCAUAGCGACAUUGUGAUUCUGGAUUCAAGCCUAGAACUAAGGAAUUGUUACUCGACCUCCACAGAAUCGUCUUCGUUGGCUGUGUUUUAUCGCUUUUAUCGAAGGGCCCAGAGCGGAAUUUCGCAGCUCUGAAAGAAUACAUUAGCUUUUUGGGAACAAGAAGAUUUUCAGUGAUCUGCCUGCAAGCAUGUGCAGAUAUCUUUGCAUAAUCAAUGGUGGAAUAUAAUACGUAAUAAAAAUAUAAUUUGUAUAACAA